AUGAUGACGUCCAGCAAGGCAAAGGUUUUGCAGCUCGUUGAUUCUUAUUGCCAAAAUGCAAAGGCUGGACAGUUAAAGUCUUUCUCGUUCCUUAUUGGAGCAGCAAAUGGCACUACAAAAGAACUCAAGAGAAAUAACAUUCAAAAACAAUGUGAAUUUCUAGAGCAAUUACGACAACAGAAAACAAGGCAAGGGCAAAUUAGUAUAUUGUCCAUGGAUGCUGGUGUUUCAAAUUUUGCUUUCUCUAAAUUUCAGUUGUGUGAUAAUAGUCCUUUACCCAAACUCCUAGACUGGCAAAAGGUUAACUUAGAAGAGAAAUUCUUUCAGAAAGUUAAGAAGCUCAGUUUAAAUCCGGUAGAAACGUCCCAGCUUGUUUUUAACUUAACAGAAUAUCUAUUCAAAUCUGAACCGAUACCUGAUGUGUUUACGAUCGAGAGACAACGUACAAGGACCAUGUCUUCUAGGUAUAUAUUAGAGCCCAUUUUAAAAGUAAAUAUUCUCGAACAGAUUCUAUUCUCCAAUCUGGAAAAUAAGAUGAGGUAUACAAAUAGUACAUUGAAUGCUUCUAAGCUCCAGUAUACGGUACGCUCGUCUGAUCCACAUCGGAUGACCUCAUAUUGGUGUAUUCCUAAAGAAGAAACGCCAGUCGGUUCGAAAAAGUCGAAAUCUAAUAAGCAUAGCAAAGAUUCGAGGAUAAAACUAGUCAAAGAAAUAUUGUCAAGCUCAAUUCUUGAGAACAAUUCGAGAAGCCCCACCAAAUUUGUUGAUUUCUCUGAUCUUUGGGGGAACAGGAUACAAGAUGCACUUUCUAAAAAGAAAAGUUUUAAACUCUGUGAUAUUUUAGAGAUCCAAGAUAGCUCUGGAGUUAGAAAGGAUGACGAUUUGGCAGACUCAUUCCUUCAUUCUUUGUCGUGGAUCGAGUGGAUUAAAAAUUAUGAAAAUAUUGCUAGUCUUUUGAAUUCCACAGCACUCUCCAAAGAUCAGUGCAAAAAAGUCUUCGACUAUUGUGAAAAUAAAAUACAAAGCUUAAAAUACUUACAAAAUACCUAUAAUUCUAACUAA